CUUCAACUUACACGUUGGUGCACGAAAUUCUUAAACGUUCUUUUACACCACGCGAAAAGGAAAAUAACUUCGUCAUUAACUAUAUAACGCUUUGAACUACAAUCGUGAGAACUUUCUCGAUAAACAUUUCUUUGCUUUCCCAUAACGAAACAGACGAAGCGAUGCCUCCAAGGCUUCUAGAGGCCUGUAACGAUUCUGGCGCAUCACAGACCUAUGAUGAGAAUGGGAAGCCGCUCGUCCCAAAAACAAUACAAAACUAUGCUGCUGAACUCAUGGACGUAUUUCUUCCUGUCGGCUACCCGGAUUCUGUGACAGCUGAUUACACGCCUUAUCAAGUUUACGAUUCCCUUCAGGCCUUCUCCAGCACUAUUGCAGGCCUACUUUCAUCCCGAGCUGUACUUCAGGGCUUCGGUGUCGGAGAAUCAGGGUCAUCAGCCACUGCAGCAGUCCUCCUGACAGUGCUACAAGAAUCCACUGGACGCUUAGCCACCAUCCUAUUCGCCCAUCGCUGUGGCCAGGCAAUUCAACCCGAGUGCAAGUUCUACCGCUUUCUUGCCGAUAUCGUAAAUGACGCAGCGCUGUUUCUCGACGUUCUUGCGCCCGCGUUACCGACCUACCCCAAAGUUUUAGCGCUUUGUGCUGCCGGUAUCCUACGCGCCCUCUGUGGAAUCUCUGGUGGUGCUGCCAAAGCUGAGCUCAGCGCUCAUUUCGCCAAGAAUGGAAACCUCGCCGAGCUGAAUGCUAAGGAUGGCAGCCAGGAGACCGUGAUUAGUCUUCUGGGCAUGUUAGUCGGCAGUGUGUUCCUAAAGUUCGUCCAUGGACGUAAUGCCGUCCUAGCUUGGAUGGUUAUUCUCGUCAGCAUUCAUUUAUGGACGAAUUAUCGCGCUGUGCGUUCAGUGCAGAUGCGCACUCUCAACAAGCAACGACUGACCAUCAUGUUGAAGGAGCUUAAUGCUCACAGGGCUAGGGUUCCGGAUGGGAUGGUGGAUUGGCUCCACCCAAACGAGAUCGCGGCCAAAGAGAGUAUUCUCUUUUGGUCCAAACCCAAGAUAUCUUUUGCUGAUAGACUCCCCGAAGACGGCGACAUUACGCCUGACGAUCUUUCGGAAUUUACCAAUGUUCCGUACGUUAUCGUGACGCGGAACGAACAUAAGACAAUUUGGCUCAAACAGCACGCAAAGGAUAUCGAUGUCAUCACAGCUUGGGCACAGGCCUGCAGUCAGCAGCCCUAUAUCCCAAGUAUAUGGUAUCGAUCGUUGAAGCGAGCUGGCUGGGACGUGCAAACAAAUGCACUUGAGACUGGAUCACGUAUCCGUAUUGUGGUAGACGAGGGCUCGGGGUCUGGUGAUGAGGAAAACAAAAAGGAAAUCUGAGUAGGAAAGGGGGUGUCUUUACAACAUAGGGCGUAAUGGAAGGUGGUCUGGCUUGUACCUACGAUACCCUUGGGACUUUUUAUGCUUUCUGGGAAAUGGCCUUGGGCGACAGCCCGAGCAAAU